CGGUCAUGUGAUCAGCUGUGUCCAAUCACAGCUGAUCACAUUGGACAUGUACACUGAUCAUCAGGGCACUGAUGAUCAGUGUGACCUGAUAAUCAGUGAAGCCCCAGCAGUGCCAGCUGUCAGUGUCCAUCAGUGCCACAUCAAUGCCACAUAUCAGUGCCCAUCUGAGCUGCCUUUCAGUGUCACCCAUCAGUGCCAGUCAGUGCCACCUAUCAGUGCUGCCAAUCAGUGCCACCUAUUAGUACCAAUCAGUGCCAUGUAUCAGUGCUGCCUUUCAGUGCUCAUCAGUGAUGCCUGUCAAUGCCCAGCAGUGCUGCCAAUCAGUGCCACCUAUCAG